CAGCAACGGAAACUAAGUAUAGAAUAAUAAAAAUGAACCGUUUUUGUGUUUUUGUAUCAUUUGUAAUUCUAAAUGUUUUAGCAGAUGACCUUGCGGAUUAUAAGGAGCAGGUUGCCACCACAAACAAAUACAUCAAGCUUGCAGGAGAAACCAUGCAUACUAUAAUUAUAAAAUAUAUUGAAGAAAAUGAACCGAUGGAAAUAAUGUCUUUGCUGUUUGCUGCACCGGACAUGGAAAUCAAGGAAAACGAACUGCAGCAACGCAUUGGUUACGAAACUAAAUUGCAAAGCGAAAUACUCGAAAUCCUAAAAAUUAAUUAUACUGACAUUGAACAAAAAACUGUAUUAUGUAAUUUAUUGAAAAAGAUUUUUGUAAAAAGAAGUUGUGAGUUUCCAGCACUUGGAAAUGCGAGAAGAGAUAUAACUUUAGAAGCUGUAAAGAUUGCAAUCCUAAAAUAUGCUGUACCGCCUUUUUUGAGUACUAAAACGAUAGAAAUGCCUUCUUCUGAAACUAUUCCAGAGAUUGAAAUGUUGAAACGGUUUAACCGGAUGUGUCGUUUAAAAGGAUUGCGCAGUAGUAUAGAAAAACCAACAUUUUUUAUAAAACAAGCUGUAGUUAAAGAUGAAGGUGAUACUUGUUGGCUAACUGAUUGUAACAACGCUUUCGUGUGUUUUAGUUGGAUGGGGAUAGCUUAUCAUUAGUCAAUCAACAUCAUUAAUAUAGUAAAAAGUAUUCACUUGCUUCUCAGUUAUUGUAAUUAAUACCAGAAAUCUUAGAGAUAACUAAUUAAAAAUUAUACAGCACUAUUGUUAUUAUAUUAAAAUACUUAUUUUA